GGUUCCAAUGUGUGAAUUACUAAUAUCUUCGUGUCGACUUGCGCUCAUUCGAAAAAUCAUAGGAUGCGCACGCACGUCAUUUCGUCGUGAUUGGUCUUCCACAUGGAAACCAUGUGCUUAUCUUAUUGAUAAUUUUGAUCUAAAAUUGUGAUUCGAAAAUAUUUAAAUAAUGGCAAAAUAUGAUCUCAAAAGUAGCGAAGAAGUGCAAGAAUAUUUAAAAAAUCUUCAUAUAGAAUAUCAAUUUGGAUGUUUAAAUGAGAAAAAACCUGAAGUUUGUCAUUUAUUGGGUGAUUAUAAUGAAUCUAUUAAACAAGAUUCUAAAGAAGCAAUAAAAAUAUAUAAAAAUAAUUGUGAUGAAUUCAAUUAUGGAAGAAGUUGUACGAAAUAUGGUGAUUAUAAAGUAAUAGGUAAAGAAUGUGCAAAGGAUCCUAUAGAGGCAUUCAAAUAUAUGCAAAAAGGUUGUGAUAAUAGUGAUCCAAGAGGUUGUCUUCAUGCAGGUGCUCUUGCAUUAUCUCAAACAAAACUUGAAUCAAGCAAAGAUUCUCAGAUUUCUCUUGGAAUUAAACUGCUAAGAAAGGCUUGUGAUGCUAACCAAGAGAAAGCUUGUUUUUAUUUAUCAGGCAUUUUUUUAAAUGGUAUAGAAGGAAUUAUAGAAAAAAAUUUAAAAGAAGCAUAUGUAUUAUCAUUAAAAUGUUGUGAAUUGAACAAUCCCUAUGCAUGCGCCAAUGUAUCUUUAAUGCAUAAAAAAGGUGAUGGUGUGCAACAAAAUGCAGAAUUAGCAAACACCUUUAAGUUACGAGCUGAAGAAAUAAUGAAGGAAUUACAACAAAAUAGAAGUUCAAUAAAAUUUCAUCAGGGUAUUAACCUUUAAUUUUAUUUUGUUAUUAUUAUAUUGUGUAUAGUAGAUAUGAAGAUAAAAUUUUGUAGUAAAUGUAAUAGUAAUUGAUCUUGUAAUCUUUUAUUCAAUGAACAUAUAUAUUGUACAAAGAUAUAACUUUAUAAGUAUCAGAUUAAGAAUCAGAUUCUAUGAGAGAUUUUUGUCUUUAUUAAAGUAUUAUCUUCAUUGUUUAAUAAUUUUAUAAAUUUAAAAUAUUUCUAUUAGUUUUAUUAUAUUUAUCAAAUUGCACAUAUAUAAUAUAAACAAAUGAGCAUGAAUUUAUGAAAAUAUUUAUUAUUAAAUCUUGGCUUUUUAAGACUUGAUCAUCAAAUUUUGAAAGAUUAUUUUUUUGUGCCAUAAGAAAUAAUAAAAAUUAUAUACAUACUCAAUCUUUAUUUUAUAGUUCUGUAAUCAAAUUCAAUCAAAAAGUUGUUAAUUAAUAAUGUUUAGCACAUUUAUUAAUAUAUUAUUGUAUUCUUUAGUAAUAAAAAUAAAUCUAAUUAAAGACA